AUGGAGCGCCAGAAGCAUGUCAUGCGGCGACCAGACUGGUGCGUCAGGCCGGGCGGUCCGGCCGGCUUUGAGAAAAAGGGUGCGCGAUCUUGGGCCGUACCAAACUUCGAAAAAUUUCAAUUUCAUCAAAAAAAUUUUCGCCGAAAAUAUAUAUUUACUUGUUAAGUCAUAGUUUCUGUUGAACGCUGUGGAAAAAAAAUAAGCGAAAUUCAAUUUCGCGUGAAAAAUUUGAUAUGCGACUUGAAGAAACUUUAAGAUUUUUUUCAAAAUAAUUAUUCAAAAUUAUGAAUAAUUAUUCAACUACUUCUCGAAAACCGGAAGAAAAAAGAGUCAAAGAACAGUUUAUCAGGCAACACGUGGUUAUCGCGAAAAAUUUCGAAACCAAAAAUAAAAUCAAAGUAGAAUAUUGGAUAUUCUGCGCUCAACUACGGAACUUCAACCAUUUGGUUUUCUGGUUUGAGUUCUAGAAGUUGAGACUGUCGAAAGAUUAAAAUAGUAAAAGGUAAAAAUAGUAAAAAUAAAAAAAAACUUUGAUUUUGAAACGUGAAAAAUUAAAUAAAAGGAAUGAAACAAAUGAUAAGCUUGAAUUUUCAAAAUAAUUUGACGCGUUAACGUGGCAACCCAGUUUGUCAGUUUUUAUUUCAUUUUAUUGUCGAAGAACACGUGGAUCUUUCGAGGGUGAGCUAUUUCAUUUUCAAUUUAUAAUUAAUAUAGUCUGGUCGGAGCUUGAAUGUCAAGCAGCAAACUCCGCCCCCCACAACGCUCUCUGCAUGGCUCGAUUUCUGAUUGGUUUGAUCUACGCAUAAGGGGCGGAGUUUGAGCGAUGACUUGAAAUCCGAACAGAUUAUAUAGACGAUUCACGGCUAGCUUGGGACGCAAAAAGCCGUGGCCUGUCUGCACUCUCCACCAACCAGGGCACUGUCUCGUCUCUUUUCGUGGCAAGACCCUUUUCUCAAUGGCUCAAGCCAGCCAUGAAUCAGCUAUAGCUUCAAAACUGAGGAUUUUUCAGCGUUGUCAAUGGAUCGCCAGAUGAAAAACUUCUUGUUCUUCUUUGCUCUGUUGAUAUUUAAAUAUCGCGCGGCUCUCGCUGCAGGUGAACUUUUUUCUGUUUCUGAAAAAGUAUCCCUGGUAGUCGUUCAGACUUUGAAUUUCAAAUAGAAUGACGUCAUUUGAAAACGCUCUGUGGAUGGCUCGCUCUCUGAUUGGUUCAUCGCGCUAUUAGGGGGCGGAGCUUGACUUGACAUUCAAAAUCUGAACAGACUAUAGAUGGCCAAUUUCGAAUACUGUUCCAUUCAGGUACUCUUUAAGAAAUGCUUUCCUUCAGUCCAGUUUUACAUUUUUAGAGUUGUUACGAGAAAUUUUCCAAAGUGAUUAAUGGAUCCUUGAACUUUUCCACACUAAACUGCGUGUUUCAGUCUAGGAAAUCGUAAUUCUCAAGACCACUAGCUAGAGUUUGACUAGAAAAUGAUCAAAAUACAACAAUUUCUUGAAUUUUUUGGUUAUUUCAACUGUUCUCAGGUCCCUGCUGUGAUCGUCCAAUUUUCAUUUAUCCUUCUGGAAUCGGAAUACCGCCCGGAUGCAUGGAUUCAAAAUGUUCCAAAAGUUCGAUCCACAUCGAGAGCUCUGAAAUCGCCAACGUGAAAGCUCUGAAUUUUCUGAGAGACAUCACAAAGACCGGGACUCUCUCCGUUUUCGACGCUCCAAAGGACCUGAGUUUCAAAGGGCUACGAGAAAUCGUCCAUAAUGGACCUGGUUGGUUGUCUUUUUUUUUUUCUAAAAAACAAUUUUUUUCAUUUUCUGAAAGAUAGCACUCGAGAAUAAACUUACUCGGACUUUGGUAACGCGAAUCGGACAUGUCGGGGCAUUUCUAGUGACCACUUUAGUAGCCUCAGCCCUCUUAAGGGAUCCCUAGAAUCGCCCAGAAACGCCCGUUUCGCGUUACUAAUUUCCGAGUAUGAUAAUUUUGAAGUCCCUGAAAAGAGCAGCAAAAAUUUUGAGGAACUUAGGACUCCAGAGUGGUCAUUAUAGGGACAACCCUAGGGUCCUUGAAGUCCCCCUGUAGAGACCCCUUCACCAACCCCUAUAAGGGCCACUCAAGCUUGCAAAAGUGGUCCCUAUAAAGAUUUUAGUCGAAGGGUUCCAUUUGGGGAUACGCGAGUCAAUUAUUGUUAUCUAUGAGAAGAAGAAUUUUUUUUCCAGGAACCUUGAAAUUCUUUUUUUUCGAAUAUUUCAUGAUCCAUAAAGUUCUCAAAAAAUAAUUUUUCAGGCCCUGCUCUUCACAUAAAAGACGUUCAUCUCGACACAGAUUCCUUCGCAAAAUUGAAAAAAAUAACCGUUGACGACCCUCUGAGGUACUGCGAGAAAAGAGAUCUUGUGAUCAUCGGGGAUAUCGAUGCGGUUGUUAAAGAACGUCUGGAGAAAGUGGCAAACAAGGUGAAAGACUUGAAAAGAAAAUUAUCAACUUUCUUUAUUAGGCACUCUCCGUUUGUGACGCAGGGAAGGCGUCAGAAGUCCAAGGAUACUUUAGCGACCCUUCGGUUUUUCGUGAGUUCAGAUGAAUUGUUCAGAAAAGAAAACCAACCUGGACAUUUUAUUUCCAUCAUCCCGAUAGCCCUCGUAAUAACCGAUUUCCACUCAUACAUUUUUAUUUUUCGAUCGUGCUACGACAAGAGUGAAAUUUUUAUUUUACAUUGAGUACUGUAAGUGGAAGUCCGCAUCUGGUGUGUGCACUUUGCGUGUUUGCACAUUUUCCGCGCUUCCCAUUUCUGCGUUUUUCUACUCUCUAUAAAUCAAACUAAACACUUUUAAAUAAAAAUGAAAAACCGCCGAGAUAAAAUGCGCAGAGACGGUACUCUCAAACUGUGCGAACACUCAAAGUGCACAAAUUUCGCAUACAGUACUCUUCCACAUUGCCCUUGUCGUAGCUUCUUCAAUUCCUUCAAUGAAUUCCGAAGAAUUUUACAGAAGGACUUCUGGUUGGAGGCCCGAUCGCUUUGGCUGUACUUCUCAUCGUCUUGACCACGGCUUUGAAAAAGAUCAUCUCCCGAAAAAGACGAGAAGAAGUCAAGGAACAGUCGAAUAUCUCUACUCCUACGAAGGCUUCGUCUUAA